AUGGCUAACUUUUGGUGCAGGAAAUUAAUCCUCCCCAAAGAGAUCAUUAGGACCAUUGAGCAACUCUGCUCCAGGUUCUUUUGGAAGGGAUCUAAUCUGCCUGCGAAAGGCGCUCGUGUUAGCUGGUGGAAAAUUUGUUUAUUAAGGUCUGAAGGGGGUUUAGGUGUACAGGAUAUUGGCGGUUGGAAUAAGGCCUACAUCGUGCAGCUGAUCAGGAAGUUGUUAGCCAAUGAGGGCUCUCUUUGGGUGGCUUGGUUACGAGCCUAUGUGAUUAGGAAUGGUAAUUUUUGGCAAAUGAACAUUCCUAAAAACGUUAGCUGGAACUUCGAAUGUCUCUUGAAGGCUAAACCUUCCGCUUUUCACCUCCUUGUUGAUCCGGCUAACCUAAACGCGAGGAGAAUCUGGGAAAAUAUGUGCGUUAAAGAACCCAAGGUCCCUUGGCAGCGUCUAGUUUGGUUUCCGGGGCGUAUUCCUAAGCAUAGUAUUAUCGUAUGGAUGGCUAUUCUAAAUAGACUUCCUACGCGGGUUAGACUCCAAAAAAUGGGUCUAAACAUUGAUGAUGUCAAUUGUUUGUUAUGUGGUCUUGAGGCAGAAACCAGGGACCAUUUGUUUUUCAACUGCAGCUUUGCUAAGAACCUCUGGGGAUCUAUCCUUGCUUUAUGUGGGAUAUCUCAUGCCGUUAGUAGUUGGGACGAUGUGCUUGCUUGGGCGAUCCAUUGUCUCAAAGGAAAUUCCUUCAUUGUGAAAAUAUUUAAGCUUGCUUGGGCUGGCCACGUUUACUGUAUUUGGAGGGAGAGGAAUGGCAGAUUAUUUGGUAACACUGCUAGAUCGAUGGAUGUAGUUUUGAAGGAUAUUAAGGAAGUAAUCCGGAUUCGAUUGGCUGUAUUUGUGCCUUAA